UCCGUAAGGCUUGUUUUUUUUAACCUCUGCCGGUAGCUAGCUAGCUUUGUCCCUCAUGUGGAAAUAUAGUUGCCGGGAACGGGGAAGGAGGCAGCGAUCCUCGAACCGGGUUCGUCGAUCCGGAUCGAGGGUCGGUGUCGACAUGGGGAACGCCACGAGUCGGACGCUAGAAUGGAACGACAUUCAGCGAACCAAAGCGACGACUGUGGAUCUCGAUUCCAACUCACCGUCGCCAACAACAGAUGAGUAGCAUGUCGUGUUAUACCCUGGCAGAAGGUGGAAGCAUCUUCCCAUCUGGCGACGAACUCGUUGGGAAUCAAAAGACAGAGCAAGGAAAUUACUGGACACAAUGGAAUUCAAGGCUAUCUGAUGAUUUGAACACAACAAGCCUAUACUCAGACGAGCAUGAGAAUGGCAUCGAGCAAUGUUUCGACGACGCCGAUGAACAUGAGAGGAGCAGCCAACAGGAGAGGUCGUCAGCAUGUGCCAGAGUUGCAUCUUCAGAUUGCAGCACAGGGCCUUCAGAAGAACAAUCUGAGGGGCCAGCGCCGUUGGAACUACAACACUGCAAGGAAACAAACGACAUCUUCUUGAGUCAAUUUUCGGAUGAUGAAAUGAGGAUGAUGGAUGCGCCGUUUCAGGCACUUGAUAUGUUCCCUGGCUCCAUGCACAGGCUGUUGUCCUAUGAGAACAUGCUGAGUGGAGUAUUGACUGAUUCUCAAAAUCAAGAAGCAAAUCCGGGUCAUAAUGAAAUGGACACCAUGGAUACUUGCGGCUUUCCUUUGUUCAGCCAUGACUUGCAAAAUGAUCCUAGCAGUGCUGAUGGCAGCUUACAAACACUACUGAGUGCCUCCCAGGACAAGGCUGAGGUGAGCACCAUGAAGAGGAGUAGAUCAGUGGCCGAUAUAGAGAGCUCCUCCAACGGGGAAGUAGCAGUGCUUGAGGAACUUGAAGAUGUCAUGUUUCAGCUGACAAAGAAGACACGUGUAUGCCUCCGUGACGCUUUCUACAGGCUGGCUGAAAGCUCGGAAGUGCAGUGCACUGCUGUAAAUGGAGGGACACUGACGUGCUCAAACGAGCAAAGUUUUCAGCAAUCAGAGGGCACCGAAUCUAGCACCUCGACAUCAGACCGUGCAGAACGGGAGACGAACGCGAUAGACAGAACCGUGGCAAUCCUCGCGUUCAAGCCGGCUUCCUCAGCUGCAUGGGAAUGAAUGCUGCACCAAUGAUCCAAUGUCAUCCAUGCCUGGCUGGAUCAUCAAAGGUGAAGGAGGAGGCUUAGCGUUUGGAAGUACUUCCAUCCGCUGCCUCGCCAUUUUGCUUCAUGCAGAGAUGUAAAUGUACUACAUAGGUUGCUAGGACAUUUUGUUUUGAGCUUGCAAGUAGAGAGAGCCAGCAUGGUACAGGCUGAUCAUGUAUAAUGACUUGAUCUCUUUAUCAUUUUUUGCCGGCAAAAGAAUGAUGAUAUAUGUACUGUUAGUUAUACUUGGUAUCACUAUGCACAACAUUUUGGAUUCCAAAUGUUGAUGCUCGUUUCGGUUUGAAA